AUGGCGAGCUCCUCCAACACUCCUGCGUACCCCAUGCCACCCCCAAAUGCUGACUUGGCCACGACAUGGGCGUAUCUGGAGGAGGGUGUCGACCACAUAAUGACCAAGCUGCAGACGGGGGUCUCGUACUCCAAGUACAUGAGCCUAUACACCGUUUCGUAUAACUACUGCACAUCUUCUAAGAUGCACAGCACUGGUGAGCAGGGGCUUGCACCGCGCACUGGAGCAAACUUGAUGGGAUCCGAUUUGUACAAUCACCUCAUUCGCUACUUUAUCGAUCAUCUUAAGGGUCUUAGAACACACUCGGACGCUCUCCAGGAUGAGGCGCUACUGCGAUUUUAUGCUGGGGAAUGGGACCGAUACACCACUGGCGCGAAUUAUAUCAACAGAUUAUUCACUUAUCUCAACCGUCAUUGGGUCAAGCGUGAACGAGACGAGGGCAGGAAGGGCGUAUACCCUGUAUACACUCUUGCUCUUGUACAAUGGAGAGCUCAAUUCUUUAUGCACGUUCAAAGCAAACAGCAGAAGCUUGCGGGCGCUAUCUUGCGACUCAUCGAGCGGCAGCGCAACGGUGACACCAUAGAUCAGGGUUUGGUGAAGAAAGUUGUGGAUUCAUUCGUCUCACUCGGUUUGGAUGAGGGAGACAUAAACAAGGUAUCCUACGAGGUGUACAAGGAACACUUUGAGGUGCCUUUCCUGGAUGCCACCGAGAAAUACUAUCGGCAAGAAUCAAAGGCCUUCCUUGCCGAGAACUCGGUUGCGGACUACCUCAAAAAGGCGGAAGAGCGUCUGCGAGAGGAAGAGGACCGCGUCGAGCGCUAUCUGAACACGAACACCCGCAAGGGUCUCAUCAAUAAAUGCGACCGGGUGCUUAUCACUGAGCACUCAGAGAAGAUGUGGGACAACUUCCAAGAGUUGUUGGACUACGACAAAGAUGAAGAUCUUCAGCGUAUGUAUGGGCUUCUCGCUCGCAUUACCGACGGUCUUCAACCAUUGCGCGAGAGAUUCGAGCAACAUGUCAAAAGAUCCGGUCUUGCAGCAGUUAAGAAGCUUGUGGGAGAGGGCGGUGCUUCAGCUGAGAUUGAUCCUAAGGCGUAUGUCGAUGCUCUUCUGGAAGUGCACCAGAAGAACUCGGAGACUGUCCAGAGGAGCUUCCGUGGUGAGGCCGGCUUUGUAGCCAGUUUAGAUAAGGCCUGCCGUGAAUUUGUCAACAAGAACGAUGCCACUGGCACCUCGACGACGAAAUCGCCUGAGUUGUUGGCGAAGCACGCGGAUGCAUUGCUCAGGAAAAGCAACAAGAUGGCCGAGGAGGAGGAUCUAGAGAGUGCACUGAACCGAGUGAUGAUCUUGUUCAAGUACAUCGACGAUAAGGACGUGUUCCAGACGUACUACACUACGAAGCUAUCCAAGCGCCUGAUUCAUGGUGUUUCUGCGUCCGAUGAAGCCGAGGCGAGUAUGAUCUCGAAAUUGAAGGAAGCAUGCGGCUUCGAGUACACGAACAAGCUGCAACGCAUGUUCACCGAUAUGAGCCUUAGCAAGGAUCUCACUGAUCAGUUCAAAGAGCGUAUGCAACAGAAUCACGAUGAUAUGGAUCUCAACUUUAGCGUCAUGGUGCUCGGCACAAAUUUCUGGCCUCUGACUCCCGUCAAUCCGGAGUUCAUCGUUCCCACCGACAUUACGCCUACCUAUGAGCGCUUCACCAAGUAUUAUCAGACGAAGCACUCGGGUCGCAAGCUGACGUGGUUGUGGAACUAUUCCAAGAAUGAACUUCGCACAAACUACCUCAACCAGAAGUAUAUCUUGAUGACGAGUUCGUGGCAAAUGGCGGUUCUGCUGCAAUAUAACAGCAACGACACGCUAUCUUUCCAGGAGCUCACCAAUGCGACCGGUAUUUCGAAGGAGUAUUUGAACCAGGUCCUGGCGGUUUUGGUCAAGGCGAAGAUCCUGAUCAGCGAUGAUAAUGAUCAAUUUGAUUUGAACCCUAACUUCAAGUCAAAGAAGAUCCGUAUUAACCUCAACACUCCUAUCAAGGCCGAGCAAAAGGCCGAGACCACGGACGUGUUGAAGAUCGUGGACGAGGAUCGUAAAUAUGUCAUCCAAGCGACCAUCGUCCGUAUCAUGAAAGCGAGGAAGACGUUGAAGAACCAGCAGCUAAUCACCGAGGUCACUGCGCAGAUCUCGCAGCGGUUCACGCCCCGGGUUCCAGAUAUCAAGAAGGCGAUCGAUCAUUUGCUGGAGAAGGAGUACAUCGAGCGAGUGGAGGGCACCAAAGAUACGUUCGCAUACGUCGCGUGA